ACGCUGUUAUGCUAGAUGGUGCUACAACCGUAUAACUGGGGCUUGUUAUAGUGUUACCGGGGCUCACGUUUUUGCUGUGCUAUCCUCUGAUGUCUGUAUAGCUGGACUUUAGUCCUUCUGAUGUUCCACAGAAUCGUUUUUUUGAACAGUAACAAGUGCCUUCAAAAGUCUUCUAGCAGGAUUUAGGGUCCCGGCUUCGAGUCAAGAUGUCCUGUCUCCCAGUGCUGUUUAAGUACGUGGAUGAACACCAGGAGGAGUACAUCCAGAGACUGGCAGAAUGGGUGUCGGUCCAGAGUGUGUCAGCCUGGCCAGAGAAGCGGGGCGAGAUCAAGAAGAUGAUGAAGAUUGCGGCUAAGGACAUCGAGAGGCUUGGAGGCUCAGUCGAGCUGGUCGACCUCGGAAAGCAGAAGCUGCACAGCGGAGAAGAAAUCCCUUUACCUCCCAUCGUUUUGGGCCAGCUGGGCUCUGACCCAAAGAAGAAAACCGUGUGUAUCUACGGGCACCUGGAUGUGCAGCCGGCCAACAUCGACGAUGGUUGGGACACAGAGCCCUUCACUCUCGUGGAGAAAGAUGGGAAGCUGUAUGGACGAGGCUCCACCGAUGAUAAGGGCCCGGUUCUGGCCUGGUUUAACUGCAUCGAGGCCUAUCAGAAGAUCCAACAGGAGCUGCCAAUCAACAUCAAAUUCUGCUUUGAGGGAAUGGAGGAGUCGGGCUCAGAGGGCCUGGAUGAGCUGGUGCUUUCCCGGAAGGAUUCCUUCUUCAAGGAUGUGGACUACGUGUGCAUCUCUGAUAACUACUGGCUGGGGAAGAAGAAGCCGUGCAUCACUUAUGGCCUCAGGGGAAUCUGUUACUUCUUCAUAGAGGUGGAGUGCUGCGAUAAGGACCUCCAUUCCGGGGUCUUCGGGGGGUCCGUGCACGAGGCCAUGUCUGACCUCAUCGCGCUGAUGGGUUGCCUUCUGGAUAAGAAGGGUAAAAUCUUGGUCCCGGGAAUGUACGACAGCGUCGCCCAGUUGACCGAGGAGGAGACGAAGCUGUAUGAGAAGAUAGACUUCGACUUGGAGGAGUACUGCAGGGAUGUGGGUGCCUGCAAGCUGCUGCACGAUACCAAGGAACAAAUCCUGAUGCAUCGUUGGCGAUUCCCCUCCCUCUCCCUUCACGGCAUCGAGGGGGCGUUUUCCGAAAGUGGGGCCAAGACCGUCAUCCCACGCAAGGUCACCGGAAAGUUCUCCGUCCGCUUGGUACCUGACAUGGAUCCCAAGGCAGUUGAGCGUCAGGUGAUGGAUUACCUGAAGAUGAAGUUUGCUGAGCGUGACAGCCCCAAUAAACUGAAGGUGUACAUGGGGCACGGGGCAAAGGCCUGGGUUUCUGACUUCAACCAUCCGCACUACAUGGCGGGCAGGAGGGCCAUGAAAACAGUUUUUGGAGUGGAGCCGGACCUGACGAGGGAGGGAGGCAGCAUCCCGGUCACCCUGACCUUCCAGGAGGCCACCGGCCGCAACGUCAUGCUGUUGCCCAUGGGCUCCUCGGACGAUGGCGCACACUCGCAGAACGAGAAGAUCAACCGGUCUAACUACAUCCAGGGAAUCAAGAUGCUGGGAGCGUACUUCCACGAGGUCUCUCAGCUGGAGUGAUGCGAUUGGUCCUCGUGUUGACGUCCAUGAUGCAAAGCUAACUUGCUUGUUUUUUUUUUUCUUUGUUUAUUUUUCAAGAUCCUUGAAUCGAGCCCCUUUAUCAGACGGUAUAGAUCUGUGUGAGAGAAUAAACAGCUGAACAUCCUGUAUUUGUAGCCAUGGUAACCUGUGCAGUUUAUAUACUAAUAAAGACUGUUUGAUUAUGAACAGAAA